AUGACAAAUACAAGAGGGGAAUGCAAUGCUAUCACACUAAGAAGUGGAAAAGUGGUGAAGGAGGCAUCUUCAAGCCAUAACUUGCAAGAAGAAAAGGUUGCAAAUGACUCAGAAAUUAAGGAGGAAGAAGAGAUACAUACUCCAGCUCCACCAAAGCAAGUCUUGAAGCCUUAUGUACCAAAAGCACCCUAUCCACAACGGAUGAGAAAAGAUGGGAAAGACAACCAUUUUUCUAAGUUCUUGGAAGUCUUUAAGAAGCUUCAAAUCAACAUACUGUUUGCUGAGGCACUAGAGAAAAUGUCACUCUAUGCCAAGUUCCUCAAAGAGCUCAUGACCAUGAAAAGAAACUGGGGAGAAAAGAAAAUUGUGGUGCUCACAGAGGAAUGGAAUAUUAGCAUUGAGAAGGCAUUGUGUGAUCUAAGAGCCAGCAUCAACCUUAUGUCCUUGGCCAUGAUGAAGAGAAUGAGAAUAGACGAGGUCAAACCAACAAGGAUGGCACUUCAACUAGAUGAUAGAACAUUCAAGUUUCCCCAUAGAGUAGUGGAAGACUUGUUGGUUAAGGUGGGAGAGUUCAUCUUCCCAGCUAAUUUUGUGGUACUUGAUAUGGACGAAGAGGCUAAUGCCUCUAUUAUACUUGGGAGGCCAUUCCUAGCAACAGCUGGGGCAAUCAUUGAAAUACAAAAGGGAUAA